AUGCAGGGCUUGCACUUGAGUCAAGGUGGGGCCCAUGGUGUCUGGUUCCUGAAGCAGCCCAGGAGGGUCGGAGACCAGAUCACCAAGGCCAUUGUCCUGCCCCCUCAUUCACUAGAGAAGGAAAAAAAAUCCUUGUUUUUAUUUCCUGAAGGCUUUUUGAAAGCAAAGAUGAGCAUCCCUCCACGUGAGAAAGUCAUGUUGGACAUAGUUGCGAUGUUUCACCAAUACAGUGGAGAUGAUGGUACGAUUGACGUGCCAGGUCUGGUGAACCUGAUGAAGGAGAAUUUCCCCAACUUCCUCCGUGGCUGUGAAAAAAGCGACACAGAUUACUUGUCCACUGCCUUUGAGAAAAAAGAUGAGUAUAAGGAUAAGAAGAUUAAUUAUUCUGAGUUUCUUUCCUUGCUGGGGGAUGUAGCCAUAGACUACCACAAGAUAAUGCAUGGAGCGGUGCCUUGUUUCGGGGGGAGCCAGUCAUCCCGCCCCACCCAGGGGCUUCUGGAGACUCCCAUGAACAAUAAAGCAUCUACUCCCACAAGAUACUUCCUCCUUUUCCUUGGCUGUGUGUAUCUUAGACAGAACAGGAAGUUAUUCGUUAACUGCUUUGUAGAUGCUCCACUAGAUGCAGAAGUGCUGCCUAGCAGAUGUCUGCUUCCAGAAUGCUCCCCGCAGUGCCCUGAGUCCUGA